AUGAUGACGAUGUGCCGUCUGCUGUGCGCCCUGUUGGUGCUCGCCCUGUGCUGCUGCCCGUCCGUGUGCGCGGAAGAGACUCAGAAGACUCAAGGUGAGGCUGAUGGAAGCGGCGUCAGGACGCCGCCCCCUCCACCAGAGCCAUCAACCACAACGACGACCGGUAAUCCAAAGCUCCCUGUAUCAGAGUCAGCACGUGAGGAUACCGGUCACUCAGGGUCCUCAAGCUCAGGGCCCGUUAAGGGACAGGAAACACCUGCCGAAGGGGAAAAAAGUUCGAAGAGUACGGUGAUGCAAUCAGAUGAAAAGACCAAUACGGCACAGACAGACGGUACGGCAGGGACAAAAAGUGACACGAGUACAACUGCAGGGAAAGCAGGUCGGAACGCCGAAUCUUCUGCCAACACAACCACGACCACUACAACACAGGCACCAAGUACUACGACUACAGAGGCGCCAACCACGACGACCACCCGCGCACCGUCACAUCUUCGCGAAAUCGACGGCAGCCUCAGCAGCUCUGCGUGGGUGUGUGCCCCGCUGCUGCUCGCCGUAUCCGCGCUGGCGUACACCGCUGUGGGCUAA